UCAGCGGGGCUCUCCAGCGAUCCCACUUUGUGGCAUUCCCAGGAAUCCACAAUGGAGCUCUCAGGGCUGUGCUGCUCCUACCCCCCCUCCCUUACCCGGGUUUGCUCCUUCCCCCCCCGUCCCAGCCUCGCGUGUGCGCUUUUAUCAAAACCGAUACCCGUUCAAAAAGCGAAAAGGCAGCUCGGCCUGACUUCCCUCUUUCCUUUCCCCUUAUCCCUGGAACCCGGCUCCCUGCGGCGCCUCCGCGGCUCCGUUCCUGUGCUGCCCUGGGCCCGCCGCAUCCCCCCGGCCUGCCCGGGGGCCGUGACCCCGCCGUGUGCGCUCGGGGCGGUCCCUGCGCGGCCCCGGCCCCGCUCCGGGCCCCGCUCGGGGCCGGUCCCGCCGUGCCCUGGGCCAUGAUCGCCGUGUCCAUCCCCGCGGCGGAGCCCCCGGCGGCGGCAGCGCGCAGCCCCGAGCGGGCGCACACGCUGUUCCGGGUGGAGGUGCUGUGCAAUGGCCGGCGGCACACGGUGACCAAGCGCUACAGCGAGUUCCAGGCGCUGCACAAGCGGAUCAAGAAGACCUGCAAGGUGCCCGACUUCCCCCCACGCCAUGUCCCCAACUGGAUGCCCAAAGCGCUGGAGCAGCGCCGGCAGGCCCUGGAGGUUUACCUGCAGGGUGUGCUGUACCACAACAAGGAGCUGCCCCAGGACAUCCUGGACUUCCUGAAGGUGCCGCGGUGCCAGCAGAGCCCCAAGGCCAGCAGCCCCCCGCUGAGGACUGGUGUCCCCUCUCCCACAGCAGCACCAGAGUCCUGCCCCCCCAGCGCCCCAUUGUCGGCUUCUGCUUGGAUCCCUACAUGCGGCCACGCGGCCCUGAGCUGCUCCCCAACACCAUCCUCAGCGGGGUCCUGCAGGGCCUCUACCUCCCCCUGAGCCGUGUCCCAGCCUGGCAGCAUCCUCAGCCUCUGGAAUGAUGAGUUCCACCCAGCACCCAGGGAUGCAGUGCUGAGAGAAAGGAUCCUUGAGGUGAAACUCACUCCCCUGCUGGGAGAAGCCAAAGGGAUGUUGGGAACCGCUCUCCCACCACCAUGCAAAGUGCCUUUGUUGGCAGAGCAGGAGCUCUGCCUUCCCCCCUGCUGUUGUGGGCUUGCAGUAUGAGCCUUUGGAUGCUGAAUGGUGCUGGAAAACCUCUCUGCAUCCAGGCUUUGGUGCAAUAAAUCUCCUGGAUUUGACUGACUGGCAAA